GGUUUGUCUCAGUCUCAGAGAGCGCAGACGAACAAGCAUCAACGCGCUUUUGACGGUUGGUUUCGCUAGUUUCGCUGUUUUGUUUCCGCGUGCUCUUCACAGCUCGCUCGAUGAACCCUCUGCCUCUAGCUGCAUUUAGGUCAUUGAGAGCUUCCAGCCUGACACCCGCGAGCUGCAGCGGCUGCCCCAGCUCAAAGCCCCAGUUCGCGCCAUUCCCAAAAUCGGGCCUCUCAAGGGCUCGCGGCAGUCGCUUACCAGCGCUGCGAGCUCACAAGCCUUCAAGCUCGAGCAAAAUGUCGUCAGCAAUGGAGAGCGGGCCCGCGAGUGUUGCAGCUAGCUCGCCAGCGGGUCACCUCGUGGGGCCGGGCGGAGCUCCCUCCGCGAACCCUGCUAUCAACGGCAGCAGCCCUGGCCGUGGACCGCCGCCCCCUGCUGCGGCCUCAAACCAGGCACCCGCUGCCGGCACAGGCGCCAAAGACUGGCCGUCCUUCCCCUUCUUCCACCACCUCAUCAUCCCCCCCCUGGAGGGCCAGGCCCCCACCUCCGACCCGUCCGCCACCGGCGCCAGCCCCCAGGCCCAGGCGCAGGCGUUCGGCCAGACCACCCCAUCAACACCAGCAGCACCAGCGGCGGCACCAGCGGCACCAGCACCGGGCAGUGAUGACACCCGGCAGCCGCAGCAGCCGCAGCCGCAGGAGGCGCUGCUGGUGAUCAGCCCUGGGGCCUUCCUGCCCACCGAGUCCUUUCGGCCGCUGGCCGCGGCCAUUCAGGCCGCCGCGCCCGGUCUGCGGCUGUGGGUGGGGGUGCUGCACUGCGACCUGAUGGCGCUGGGGCAGAGGUACGCCGACCCGGCCCUACCGGCCAUGAGCGAGGCGGGCUUCAAGGCCUUGGUCCGCAACAUCGAGGCGGCGGGCGGCUACAGCGCCCUACUGACACAGCUGGUGGCGCAGGCGGAGGCGGCGGGCUUCACGCCCAAGCGGGAGGGCCCGGCCCGCAUCGGCAACAUGGUGCUGCUGUGCCAGUCGGCCGGCUGUGUGGGGUACGAGAGUCUGUCGUACAAGGUGGCGGCGGCCACUGUGGUGCUGGCCUCCACGCUGCACCCGCUGGACUACGCCCGGGGCCGGACCACCCUCAGCCUGGAGGCCUGGCCGCGUCCGCUGAUGCACGUGGUGGGCGAGCUGGACGGCCAGAUGAGGUGGUUCUGGGCCGCGCCCUACCUGGCCGAGGCGGCGGCGCUGGCAACAAAGUUCGGGGCAAGGCAUGUGGCCACACACAAGCCGGUGGUGGUGGUGCCGGAGGUCAACCACGCCGCCACCAGCAGCGGCGUCGUGCGGGCGGAGCGCGGGGACAUCGGCGGGCCGGCCACUGCGCCGUACGAAGAGGCCACACGGGCGCUUGCGGCCCCCAUCGCCGCCUUCCUCACCUGCCACCUCAGCCACAACGCCGAGGCCCGGAGCAAGGCCGAGGACGCGCUCUUGUCGACGGUGGCGGCCUCCGCCGCAUUCGCCGCACCCUACACCUCCCUCCUCGGGCUGGGCGAUACCGCCGCGCCCUUCACACAGGCGGCCGCCGCCGCAGCAGCAGCAGCGGGAAAGCAAGCAGCGGCAACUGCAGGCCUGCCGCCCGCCACGCCGCCACAGAGCGCCUGCCGGGCCGGCGGGCUGGUGGCGGGUGGGUGCCGCACUGCGGGGCAGGCGUCGUCCAAUGCCAUGCUGCCGGGAGUGGUGGCGGCUGCGGAGCGCGACGCGGCGGCCCUGCAGCUGGCAGUGCUGACGGCGCUGCCGGAGGAGGCCCGGCGGUUGCUGUGCGUGGUCGCCAGCGUGCACACCAGCGUGGAGACGUUCCUGUACACCCAGCCGCUGAUACACGCGCUGGGCGACGGCCGCUGGCUGCUCAACAUCCACGUGCUGCCCUUCUACAGGUCCAGUGAGAGCGAGCGCCCGAACCUGACGCCCCAGGCGCCUGAGUAUUGGCUCAAGUUCAAGUGCGCGGCAUUCGUGGCGGCGUUCCUGGGCCUCCCAGAACCGUGCAGCUACCCCACGCCCCUACCCGCCGACCUCAACCGGGGCACGCUAGAGGCGGCGCUGGCGGCGGCGCCGGCGGAGGUGGCGGCCAGGUACCGGGAGCACGGGCGCGCCAUGGAGUUUGGCGGCGACAUGGACGCGCUGGCUCCCGGCCCCGACGGCAAGCUACCAGGCAGCCCCGAGGCCUUUGUGCGCACCUCCCGCAUCGCCUACGCCUUCCCACCGCCCCCCGCAGCCGGCCACGGCCACAGCCAGCAGCACAGCGCCGGCGGCCCUCCCGCACUGCCCCCCACGGCCGGCACCAGCGUGCGCGUGUCCAGCCCCUACGUGCUGUCACCGCCGCCGGCGGACGUGUCGCGUCUGCCUGUGAGCGCGGCCCGAAUGAUGGGGCCCUUCUACACCAAACUCAUCAGCCCGGGCAUGGCAAUGGAGUGGGUUUGGGUGGACUGCCUGCGACAGGCCGACACGCCGUGGUGAGGGCGUGAGGCGGUGAGGUGCGUGGCGAGGGGGGCAGGGAACGAGCGUGGUAUGGCGCGGAUGAGACGAAGGCGUGGGCGCGUGGAGGGGCGCGAUGCGCUGUGGCCGCGAUGGCAGGGCGCGCGGGAGACAGCGCUGCGUGUAAGGUAAAAUGGAUUGGGCUGGGACCCAGGUUAUUGACGAGUAUUGCGGAACUAAUGCGUACGUAGACCAGAGCGGAAGGCGGAGUGGGCUUGCAGGCGGCACGAGAGUAGGCAGUCAGGUAGGUUGCUAGGUGCGAUUCGGCCAAACGCAUGCAUGGCUGGAUGCACCCCUGCUUGAAUCUGCCUGGAGCAUAUGAGGAUCCAUCUUCGCACCGACCGAUUGUAUGUUAAUGCUUGCCAUGCUUAAUGGCGGAUUGCGUUUGUGCGCGAGUUGCUAGGAGAUGGCUGACAUCGGUGCGGUAGUGGCGUAGGUGUUGGGGAUGAGAGUUGGUUGCCGUUGACGUGUGUGCACGGAGCACUGUGGGCUAUUAUUUCAGCAGGCGCGGAAAUCGCACUGACAUUACUUUGAUAGUCACACCGUUAAGCCUCCCAUGACACCUUUGGGGGCGGAGAGUUGGUUGAUGUUGCCGUGUGUGCACUGCACGAAGCACUGCUGGCCAUUGUUGUAGCAGGCGAGGAAAUGGCGCUGACCUCAUCAUGCUGUUACACAACACAGCUUCU